AUGCACGUCUCAGAAGAACAAAAGGCUGAAAACCAGCUCGCCAACUUCAGGGUUGGCUGCACUCCAGGCUGGCUUUGUCUUUGGUCCUUCCUGCUCCUCCUGUUGGUCGGGAUUGCCCUGACUGUUUUGCAUCGUCCUCACAACGACUCCACAGAGAAGCCGGGGGACUUAACUGUCGUCAAGCAGGAUGGGUUUACUCUGAUCAUCCAAACGUUCAAGCGAGAUGAUAUUCUCGUGAAAGUCCUCAAACGUUGCCUGGCUGUGCCUCAUCUCCAGAAGAUCCUCAUAGUGUGGAACAAUAUCAACAAACCCCCCUCCCAGAAAUUACGGGAUUCCUUGGGCCCUCAUCGUACUCCCAUCAUCUUUUUGGAGCAAAAGGUCAACAGUAUGCAAAACAGGCUGCAGCCCUUUUCUGAAAUUCAGACUGAUGCCGUGUUGAUGUUGGAUGAUGAUAUCCUGCUCAGCGUAUCUGACAUAAGUUUUGCAUUCAGGAUUUGGAAGCAAUCUCCAGACCAAAUUGUUGGCUUUGUGCCCCGAAGACACGCCGAGACCGCUCCAGGGGUGUACACCUAUGGUGGUAGUGAGCUGUCAGAUCCACAAAACGGAGGAGAGAAAUAUUCCAUGGUGUUGAUCAGCGCUGUGUUCUUCCACCGUCGCUACCUGCAGCUGUAUCAGGAGCAGCCGAAAGAGGUGCACAAUCUGGUGGACGACACCCACAACUGUGACGACAUUGCCAUGAAUUUCGUGGUGGCAAUGCACCUGCGCAAACUCUGGGGUAGCGGCAAGCCUGCGGGAAUUUAUAUCAAACCAAAAAAUAUGGUCAACCUGGAACUGCAAGCCAACAGCGGUUUCAAAGGAUUGUGGCACCGCCCUGACCACUUCAAGCAGAGGUCAUAUUGUCUCACCCGGUUAGCCCAAAUUUAUGGUGUCAUGCCCUUGCAGUUCUCCAACAUCAUGAUGACUCAGUUGACUUAA